UAUCGAUGCUGAGAGAAGAAGAAGCGUGAUGAAGGAAAGACGCUGCGGCGGACUUCGCCCCUCCACAACCGACUCUCCAUCCAGUCGUCCUUCUGCGUAUCCAGCAGCUUACUUUAUCUGGCCCAAAACUAAACAUGGCUGAUCUCCAGGCCAAAUUUGAUGCAGCAGCAAAUGAGGUGAAGCAGCUGAAAGCGAAGCCGACAGAUGACGAGAUGCUGCAGGUCUACUCCCUGUUCAAGCAAGCCUCUGUGGGUGAUGUUAACACAGCUCGCCCAGGGAUGUUGGAUUUCACUGGGAAAGCUAAAUGGGAUGCCUGGGAGAAGCAAAAAGGCAAGAGUAAAGAGGAUGCCAUGAACGAGUACAUCAACUUGGUGGAAGAGCUCAAGAACAAGUAUGGAAUCUAAAGUCACAUGACAUAAACCAAGUUGCUGGCACAGCUGUUGAAUGGACUGAAACCAUCAGCAGUCAUCCUUGAUCGUGACAUAGUGAAACACCUUACAAUGCCAACAGUGUAUUCUUAUGCACCCCACAUGAGUGCCUGGUGGACUACUAGUGGUUCUAGUGAACUUAAGGUGGCCUGAGCAACGACUGAUACACAUUCAGAAGCUUUCCUCUGCCAGUAUACCACCACGUUUUAAUGUUUAUGACAUUGUCAUGUAUUUGAAAGAAUGCAGUUUCAAUAUAAAAUCCGUCUUCUUCAA